AGAGAGAGAGAGAGGGAUGGGACGUUGAUGGAGAUGGAGCUUAAGCUAGCAAACGGCACACAUUGGCCGAUCCAGUCGAAAUGACCCCCCCGAAGUCCCCCGUCGCUCUUUGGAUUCGCUCGUUCAGUCCAAUGCCGAUGCUUAAGCUCGGUCUGAUUCCAUCCGAUCCCAAUCCCCGAAAAAGAAGCAUCCUUUUCAAGCCAACCCCGCAAAAAGUCCCAGUUCAUGAUCAGUGGUCCACGAACUCGCAUUCAAAGCUCCUUUCACCAUCUGAAAACGACCAUUGCAUUGCGGAAUCCGCCAGUUGCCCGCAUCGUCGCAAUUGUCUUACUGUGGGGCUCUAUUUUCGACCACACAACCUUGUUUGGUUAGUUUUCGACGAAAUUCGCACUUGGGUUUUCGACCGAAGUGGCGAUGCCGAGAGAAAUGGAAGCGGCGGACCACAAAUCCACUAAAUCGCCGUCCCUAAUGCCUCCUCUGCCCAGGGACCCGCGCGGGUCACUGGAAGUUUUCAACCCGUCAACCUUUUCGGCCCGACCGACCAACCCGGCCUUUCGCCCGCAGCAGCCCCACUGGCAAACCUGGGUUGGCCGGCGAGAAAGCCCGGAACACGACCCGCCCAAACUCCCCCCCUCCAGGCCCACCAGCAGGGGCGACGAGAUCAAGGUCACCACCUCAUGGAUGGCCCUAAAGGACGACGCCCCUCCGCCCAACCCAUCACCGCCCUUGGCGCUGAAGCCCGUGUCAACAGUCCAUCAGCAUGACGACGGCGGACGAUCAAAGUCCGCCGCGUCGGCCCAACCGCCCGCCGAAGCGGGAGCAGCCGCGCAGAGGGCGGCGGAGUGGGGGCUGGUGCUGAGGACGGACACCGAGACCGGGAAGCCGCAGGGGGUGACGGUGCGGACCUCGGGCGGGGAGGACCCGAAUGUGAAGGCCGGGACAUCGAGGAGGAACUCGAACAACUCGGUGCGGAGCUCGGGGGAGUUGUCGGAGGGCGGGGAGGGAGGGAAGGAGAGAGGUCUCCCGAGGGUGUCGGAGGACCUGAAGGACGCGCUGUCGACGUUCCAGCAGACGUUCGUGGUGUCGGACGCGACGAAGCCCGAUUACCCGAUCAUGUACGCGAGCGCGGGGUUCUUCAAGAUGACCGGGUACACUUCCAAGGAGGUCAUAGGCCGGAACUGUCGGUUCAUGCAGGGGGCGGAGACGGACCCGGAGGACGUGGCGAAGAUCCGGGAGGCGUUGCAGGCGGGGAGGAGCUACUGCGGGAGGUUGCUGAACUACAAGAAAGACGGCACGCCGUUCUGGAACCUGCUCACCAUCUCCCCAAUCAAGGACGACACCGGCAACGUCCUCAAAUUCAUCGGAAUGCAAGUGGAGGUGAGCAAACACACGGAGGGGACCAAGGAUAAGAUGAUGCGUCCCAAUGGAUUGCCCGAGUCCCUCAUUCGCUACGAUGCCCGUCAGAAGGAAAUGGCAGCGAAUUCUGUCUCGGAACUUGUGCACGCGGUGAAGAGGCCGAGGGCGGUCAGCGAGUCGAUCAAUCGCCCUCUAAUGCGGAGGUCGGAAGGCAAUGGGGAGAAAGAGAGAUCGGAUGCUAUAGGAAGACGAAACUCUGAGAAUCUGGGAGGCAUGAGGAGUUCGAUGCAGCGGAUCAGUGAGGUGCCGGAGAAGAAGCAUAGGAAAUCCGCUCGCCGCUCGUUCAUGCGAAUGGUAAGGAAGAGUCAGUCCAGUUCCGAAAGCUUCGAUUUUAGAGGAGCUGCAGAUGACGAUGAAGACGACGGCGACUUGAGUGAAACUGACGAGAGGCCAGACAGUGUGGAUGAUGUUGUAAGACAGAAGGAAAUGAGGAAGGGUAUCGACCUUGCUACAACGCUCGAACGUAUCGAGAAGAACUUCGUCAUCACUGAUCCCAGGCUACCGGACAAUCCCAUUAUAUUUGCUUCUGAUAGCUUCUUGGAGCUGACGGAAUACAGCCGGGAAGAGAUCCUCGGGAGGAAUUGCAGGUUCCUCCAAGGACCCGAAACAGAUCCAGCAACUGUGAGGAAGAUCCGGGACGCCAUCGACAACCAAAGAGAAGUCACUGUGCAGUUGAUAAACUACACAAAAAGCAGCAAAAAGUUCUGGAAUUUGUUUCAUCUUCAACCAAUGCGUGAUCAGAAGGGAGAAGUCCAGUAUUUCAUUGGAGUACAGCUGGAUGGUAGCGCGCAUGUUGACCCGCUGCGCAACUCUAUUCCUGAGGAUACUGCUAAAGAAAGUGCACAACUGGUGAAAAGCACUGCUGAAAAUGUCGAUGAAGCAGUGAGGGAACUUCCAGAUGCCAACAAGACACCAGAGGAUUUAUGGGCUAAUCACUCUAAAAUGGUUUACCCAAAGCCACAUAGGAAGGACAGCCCCUCUUGGAGAGCCAUUCAACAGAUACUGGAUAGCGGAGAGCAGAUAGGACUAAAACAUUUUAGGCCAAUUAAACCCCUUGGCUCUGGGGACACCGGCAGUGUGCAUCUAGUUGAGCUGUGUGGAACCAGCCAAUUCUUUGCAAUGAAGGCCAUGGAUAAGGGUGUUAUGCUUAACCGCAACAAGGUCCACAGAGCUUGUGCUGAAAGAGAAAUCCUCGACAUGUUGGAUCAUCCUUUCCUUCCAGCUCUAUAUGCAUCUUUCCAGACCAAAACCCACAUUUGCGUGAUAACAGAUUAUUACCCCGGUGGUGAGCUCUUCAUGCUCUUGGACAGACAACCCCUGAAGGUCCUCAAGGAAGAUGCAGCGAGAUUCUAUGCUGCAGAGGUAGUUGUGGCGUUGGAGUAUCUUCAUUGCCAAGGGAUUAUCUACAGAGAUCUAAAACCAGAAAAUGUUUUGCUUCAGAACAAUGGGCAUGUUUCUUUGACAGACUUCGACUUGUCAUGCUUGACAUCUUGCAAACCACAGCUUUUGAUUCCUAGUACUGAUGAAAAGAAGAAGAAAAAGAAGAAGAAUAAAGGCCCAGAGAUGCCGAUCUUUAUGGCUGAACCCAUGCGGGCAUCGAAUUCUUUUGUCGGCACAGAGGAAUACAUAGCUCCGGAGAUCAUCACAGGGGCUGGCCAUACAAGUGCAGUUGAUUGGUGGGCGCUUGGUAUUCUGCUAUACGAGAUGCUGUACGGAUACACACCAUUCAGGGGAAAGACAAGACAGAAGACAUUUGCCAAUAUCCUUCACAAGGAUAUCAAAUUUCGAGGAAGUAAACCGGUAAGUCUCCAUGGGAAGCAAUUGAUGUAUCGAUUGCUGCACAGGGAUCCCAAGAACAGAUUGGGCUCGCACGAAGGAUCGGAGGAAAUCAAACGUCACCCAUUCUUCCGCGGCAUCAACUGGGCCUUAGUUCGGUGCAUGGAACCUCCUGAGCUUGAUGCUCCUCUGUUUGGGGCAGCCGAUGCAGAAAAGGAAGCCAAACUCGUAGACCCUGAAAUGGAUGACCUUCAAAAGAACGUUUUCUGAGAGGUCUAGCUCCAUGCCCAUCCAUUUUGCAGUUGAAUUUAAGCAAGCAGGAAUGAAAACUUCAUGUUAAGUGCAUGGACUUCAACGUGCAAAA